UCUUUCUGAUAUAUUUAAUAUAUAUUAUUAUCAUUAAAAAUUAAAAUUAACAGUGUGUGACGAAUUUGACCUGGGGUUUGCUAUAGAGACGACUAAUUGAAGAAAUUUAACCUACCUAGACUAGUAUAAAAAGUAAUGUCUGCUGAAGAACCGUACGAACAGUUUGAAGAUGAAGAGACGGAAAUUCCUAUUGGAGGUACUUUACCUGGUGGAAGGAAACGUCUCUUCUCCAAAGAACUGCGCUGCAUGAUGUAUGGCUUUGGCGAUGAUCAAAAUCCUUAUACUGAGAGUGUGGAUUUAUUGGAGGAUUUAGUUAUAGAGUUCAUAACAGAGAUGACACACCGAGCCAUGGAAAUAGGACGCACUGGACGAGUUCAAGUGGAAGAUAUUGUAUUUUUAGUGAGGAAAGACUCCAGAAAAUAUGCCAGAGUAAAGGAUCUUCUAACUAUGAACGAAGAACUUAAAAAAGCAAGAAAAGCUUUUGACGAGGUCAAAUAUGCAGAAUAACGUCAUUGAGUCCCACACCUUGGUAAGAAGAACCGCACAGUCCCAGGGGAAUGUGAUGCGUGGAAAUGUAAUCGUGGAUACGUUUUAUACGUUGAGUAUGACCCACGACGUGCUGCGGAAUACAGUCCUUCAGAACGGCAACGUUGUGUGCGACUGGUUCCUCCUCGAUACGUAAGAUAUCUCUUGUAUGAUCAAUCGCCGUUGUUAACAGGUGUUCCUCCGAUGGAUUCGCGCCAAAAAAUUUCUCAAACCAGGCGCCGCCCAUCAUGACUGUCAG